AUGUCUCUUUCGACAACCCUGCUCUACGACAUCCUCUCAUUUUAUGAGGGCUCGGACGUCCCAUUGGCACUUGUAUUUACGUCACCCGGGGUUCGGUUAGCUUGUGAAGAGAGGGGUAUGGUGCAGGUGGGAUCGUGGGGUCUGUGCCUUGCGAGUGAUGGCUCUCGCAGAGUCAUGUGGCAACCGUCUGUCCCUAUACUCCGGCACCGCGUGGCGGGUGAAAUGUGUGCUGUGGUGUGGUGGUGCAAUCGGCCGACGCCCGCCUUCUGUGAGGUACGCCCAGUGUGUCUAGACCUUAGUGCGGCUUGUCGGCUAUAUAGAUUUGACGCUUCUGUCGCCUUUCUUUUCCACUCGCUUGUUGAACUCACGCUCCGAUGUGCGACCAUCAAGGAUGUAAACUUGCUUGGGAGGCUUCCGGCAUUGAGGAAGCUUGACCUCGUGCAGGCUCAAGUGGUGGACAGCGGUAUUAUUGGACUGAAAGAGAGCAGGAGCCUGGUGGAUGUAGAUCUUUGGGGGUGCGCUGCAUUGACGAAUGUCAGUCCGCUUGGAAAGGUGCCUACUCUGCGUAGGCUGGUGCUUGCUGAAACUCACGUCUGCGAUGACGGCCUCGCUGGUUUGGUUGACAGCCUGUGUCUUGACGAGGUGAACCUUGAGAUGUGUGUGUUGGUCAAAAGUGUGGGAUUUUUUGGCCGACUCAGGACGUUGCGGAAAUUGACUCUGGUGGCGACAUCGGUCGAUAACAAGGGUAUCAUAGGACUUGGUAGUAGCAUGAGUCUCGUGGAAAUUGACCUGUGGGGAUGCAGCGCUGUGGAUGAUGUGAACUCUCUUGGAAUGAUACCAACUCUGCGAAAACUACACCUUUUUGGCACUUCUGUGACGAAUGAGGGUAUCAGAGGUCUGAGGAGGAGCAGUAGCCUUGAGGAAAUAGAUCUGACGCUCUGUGAAGCUGUGACUGAGGCGGAGACACUGUCCAAGAUACCGACAUUGCGGCACAUCGUGCUGCUGCACACGUCUAUUCAUGACGUGUCGGAACUACUUCUGAAGGAGGUCAGAGUGAUAAUAUGA